AUGAGCCCCGACGAAAGCUCCCAGUCGGGGCCUUGGGGUCUGCGGCGUCCCAAGCUGGCCAACAUCAAUAAACGCGGUAAAACAAGGAAUGGUACCUUCAUUAUACCCGCGACCGGUGAGCGAUCCCGACGACAGUUCACCCUCCGAACUACCAGUUCGAUUUCGGCCAGCGAUGGCGCCAGUGAUACCCUAUCGACAGCUGAAACUGUCAGCGGCAAGAUCAAGUCAGUCGCAAACAAGGCUAAGGACAAGACUAUUGGACUCUGGUACUGGUUUCAAUCCGACGAAGGCCACGCCGUUCUAAAGUGCACCUUUGCCUAUCUUCUGGGCAGCGGUGGUACAUUCUUCCCGCCAUUGUCCAACUUCCUUGGCCACCGUGACGGAAAACACGUCUCUGCGACCAUCACCGUCUACUUUCAUCCCGCGCGCUCCGUCGGAUCCAUGAUCGAAGCCGUCUUUAUCGGGUUCAUUGCCAUCCUGUACGCCGAACUCAUUGGUUUCAUAUCUAUGGAGGUGGUGAUCUGGGGCAAGGAGGCGUUCGAUAUCGUCCAGCCCGCACACGUCAUGGUACUGCUGCUCUGCGUUGGAGGCGGACUGGGGUUCGUGGGUUGGGUGAAGCAGCGGCUCAACCAACCGCUUGUAAAUGUCGGCUCCAGCUUGACCUCCAUUGCCAUCAUCACUAUCAUAACCAAGGAAGAGGCGAUCCAAGGCGGGUACGUGUCGGGCGAGAAGCCGUUGCAGAUACUCAAGCUUUUGUUGUUGGGGGUCGCAAGCACAGUCGUUGUUAAUCUCCUGAUGUGGCGCGUCUCAGCAAGGCGUGUGCUACGACAAUGCAUGAUCAAAGCAGCUGCCGCGCAGGCUGAUAGGUUAUCAUUCAUCACCAGGGGGUUCUUGAACGGCACCGAGGAAGAGAUGGACUCGCCCGAAUAUGCCAAAAUGUCGGCCAACUACAACAAGGCCUAUACGCAAAUGACCAAGAUGCUCCGCGAGGCUAAGAAUGAGCACUAUUUUGUCGGCACCGAGAAGCUGUACAAGCUAGACAAGAGCCUUGCCAAGUGCAUUGAAACUGUGGCCCAAUCUAUCGGCGGUCUUCGCAGCGCGUUGGCGGCGCAGUUCAUGCUUCUAAAAGAAGCCCCUGGCGCGGACCCCAAGGACCUGUCCACACUGAAGCGCAGCAAAUCUUUCCACAUGGACGAGGCCAUUGAGCAACUGUCGGUCAUCAACGAGUCGGACGAAGAUGCGGAGAGUGCCCACAUGUAUCGCUCAGAACCGACAUUCGACAACACACCCCUAUUCCGAGCCCCCUCCGAUAUCUUCGCCCAUUUUAUCAAUCUUUUAGGACCUUCUAUGAAGUCGCUGGCCUACACGCUAUCCGAAAUCCUACGUGAAUCGCCAUUUGGCGAAGACCCAAAGAAUGAGAUUACCGUCAACGAUCAACUCCGUGAAAGCCUCAAGGACGCAGUCUCGCUAUACCACGAGGCUAGAGGCAACGCGUUACAUGAGCUUUACCGCAGCAUUGAGAUGGGCCGCGUGCGCUCCGAGAAGAUUCAGGCCGACAUUGAAGAAGUGGCUGCUGCGUGUGGUCACUUUUCGUUCAGUCUGCAGGCGGUUGCUGAGGAGAUGGAUUCGUACCUGGACGUUUUGGAAGAUCUUAAAUUUGAGACCAAGCACAAAAAGAGGAGCUGGAAGUUUCUGAGGUUCUGGGAACGAUGGCACAAGCCUGCGUCGCCCUCGGAUCCUCUUGGUCUGGAGGAGACAGAUCGUGAGCAGCUGUUGCCCAAGGCGGGCGUAAGUCGACUCAGGCGGAGUGCCGUACCUAAAGGUAUCCCGGAUGAAAUGGUUGCGCGACGAGACACUUUCAACUGGGAGGCUGCUCCCAACACGAGCAAAUGGGCCCGCAAGGUUUCGCAGGUGAUGCUCAGGACGGCGCGAUGGUUCACCAGGGAAGACGUCCUCUUCGGUAUCAAAGUCGGCAUUGGUGCCAUAUUAUGGGCCAUGUUCGCCUUUAUUCCGGCGACUCGACCCAUCUACGAGACCUGGCGAGGAGAAUGGGGUCUCCUUUCGUACAUGAUUGUCAACGGCAUGACAACUGGCGCCGCCAAUACGACAGGCCUCUCUCGCUUCUACGGUACGCUGAUUGGCGGUAUCUGCGCCAUUGUCGCUUGGCUCGUUGGUAUGGAGAAUCCAUUCUUACUGGCCUUUUGUGGCUGGCUUGUCGCUCUUUACAGCUUCUAUCUCAUUGCCAUCAAGAAUGCUCCUCUUGGACGCAUGUCGCUACUGGCGUACAAUGUCAUUGUCCUGUACGCGUACAGCAUCUCGCAAAGAGUCGAAGACGAUGACGACGACGAGGGCGGCACGAGCCCCCUGAUCUUUGACAUCACAUACCAUCGUGUCAUCGCGGUGACGUUGGGUAUCGUGUGGGGUAUCCUCGUGUGCCGUAUUCUGUGGCCCAUCUCCGCCCGGAAGAAGUUCCGCGAGGGCAUGUCUGUUUUGUAUCUGCAGAUGGGUCUCAUCUGGAAGAGAGGGCCCUUGGGCGUGCAUCUAGACAGCGAGAGCACGCUGGACUAUAUGCGCCAGGGCGAGCAAGCUGCCCUGCAGCGGUACGCCUUCAAACUCGAGUCUCUUCGCAACUCGGCUCAGCAUGAAUUCGAACUGCGAGGGCCUUUUCCCCACGCUGCCUACGGGCGCAUCAUGCGCUCCACGAAACACAUACUCGAUGGUUUCUACGCCAUGCGUCUCCUCACACAAAAACGCGCCAGCCUCUCCGAGGGCGAGCGCGCGCUGCUCGAAUUCACGGCCGAGGACCGUGUACAACUUUGUCAACGUAUCUGUCACGUCUUCCAGGUACUGGCCUCGUGCAUCAUGCUCGAAUACCCCCUCACCGACGCUAUUCCUACGGUCGAUAGGAACAAGGAUCGCUUGCUGGGCCGGAUUCACCAGUUCAGGAAGGACCACAUGGUUGCCCAGGCGGGCGAUGAAGGCGGGAUGAGCGCGCUCGUCAUAGCGGAGGAGAAAGACUACGCGCUUUUGUACGCGUACCUGCUGGUGACGAGCCAAGUAGCCGAGGAGUUGAAAAAGGUCAGGAUGGAGAUUGAAAGGUUGUUUGGUGUGCUACAUGAGGAAUCGCUGUUAUUAGAGUAG